GGCAACGGAACUGAGCCCCGGUAAAUAAAGCCCCAAUCCUGGCCCACCAUCUGGGAAGUGUCGUUUCAACUCCAAUCAGCAUCAACUUCGCUGGCCUUGUGUAAAACCAACCUUGCUUGACAACCAACUUCAACCAAUAAAUACUGAAGUGGCCUGCGCUUUCAACACGACGCCCUAGGAAUCGAGUGUAUUGCUUUGCGCCCGCCCGCUAGUUUCCCAUCAUCUAUGCAACAUCCCACCUAGACUUCCUGGCGACUGUUUCUCAUUCGCGAUCCUAGAAAUCGUCGUGCCCAAGAUGGCGGGCCAACCAAUGGAGUCACGCUUCGGGCGCAUGUCGAUACAUGACGAAAACAACGAUCCAAGCGAUGGCGCUCGACUUCAGCAAAAGGCGAGAGAGCUCAAGUCAAAGGCAGGUCCCAGUCAAGUCCAACACACGAGCGCCCCCGGCAGGCCGAAUCUCUUCAAAGUAGCCCUUCAAUCGCAAAGCGGCAAUACCGUAAGAACCGUUCCCGUUGCCACGAAAUCUUCGACCAUUGUUUCAUCCGCCGCUCACAAGUCCACAACAUACGCCGGCAUUCGUAGAGUCGACGACGAUGAUCACGACGAACUCUCGCAGCCAAUGGCCUCCGCUAGCGUGUCUUCGACAGGUACAUCUACAUCCGAGUCAUCCUCUAGCGCCGGCUACGAACAGUCGAUAUCCCCUAAACAAUUCCACCUUGGCAUGUUUGAAAUCGGUCGGCCGCUUGGCAAAGGCAAAUUCGGCCGCGUAUACCUCGCGCGGGAGCGCAGCUCUGGUUUCAUCUGUGCCCUCAAGGUGCUCUACAAGUCGGAAUUGCAACACGGCACUGGAGUCGAGAAGCAAGUGCGUCGCGAGAUCGAAAUUCAAUCCAACCUACGACACCCCAAUAUCUUGAAGUUGUACGGACACUUCCAUGACAGCAAGCGCAUCUUUUUGAUUCUCGAGUACGCCGGCAAGGGCGAGCUGUACAAGCACCUGCGCAAGGAAAACCGUUUCCCCGAAUGGAAAGCAGCGCAGUAUGUUGCGCAAAUGGCAUCCGCCCUCAAAUACUUGCACCGCAAGCACGUCAUCCACCGCGACAUCAAACCGGAGAACAUUCUAGUGGGCAUUCACGGGGAAAUCAAGAUAUCGGAUUUCGGCUGGAGCGUGCACGCGCCCAACAACCGGAGGCAGACGCUCUGCGGAACCCUGGAUUACCUGCCGCCAGAGAUGAUCCGGAGCGGAUCCAAGGAUAACUGGUACAAUGAGAAAGUGGACUUGUGGAGCUUGGGCGUGUUGACGUAUGAGUUUUUGGUCGGCGAGGCGCCGUUUGAGGAUACGCCGAUCAUGACACAGAAGAGGAUUGCGAGGGCGGAUAUGACCAUUCCCGAGUGGGUCAGCAAGGAGGCAAAGGAUCUGAUCAAGAAGUUGCUGGUACUCGACCCUGAGAAGCGUCUUCCUUUGGAGGAGGUGGAGAACCACCCUUGGAUCUUGAAGCACUGCGUCAAGGGAGAAAGAGCUGCGAACCGGGAGAAAAUGGCAAGUAAGAUGGGCAACUGAGGGGUGUCUCUUGGCUUUGCUUUUACUUUGUCUGAUAUCCGUCGAACUUUCUUCGAGCACUGCGGAAGCGUGGAGCCUACUUGCAUUGUUAGCUUGUUUUUCUUGUUUUUUUCUUGUUUUUUUUCUUCUUUUUUUUUUUCCUUUUUUUUCUUUUCCUUUCUUUUCUUGUUCAUGUUGUAAUACGGGCGUUCUUGGGCGUUUGAGCGAGAGGAAGAGGGCUAGGAUCAGGAUCCCCGUAUUGUCAAGGGGAGGAGGCUUGUGAGUUCAUUAUCUGUGCAUAUACGUAACUACGUUCCGGCAUUUAGCGAGCAAUGGACUGGACAUUGACUUUAGUUUAUGUAUCACAUGUGUGACCAGUGUAUAUAUCAGCGCCACAAGAUCAGAGCUGGAAUCUCAAGUUGAAGUGGUAUCAUUGAUUGUACAUGUCAAGAAACG